GGGAACUUCACAGGUGGGGACGCUCCAACUCCCCCGUGGGAGACUCGCGGCGGCGAGCUGGAGUUGCCGCCGCCGCCGCCGCCUUUGCCCGGGAAUGAGGACAGAUUACAACCCCAUCUGGAUGUUGGGUUGACCUUUGGCUCUUGGUUAUGGAUGGACAAAAUGAAGUGGACUUUUCCAACAACAACAUCACACCAUUGUGGAGGCGGAGGUCAGCCCACCAGGUGCAUUUGCAUACAAAGAACAAACCCAGGCCCCAAUCUUACCAGAGUUCCACUGGGGUCCUCUUCACAGAUUUCCCUGUAGAAGACAGGGAUACAUUCACUUUAACUCAGCCUGCUGAAACAAUAAUUACUUCUCCUGACAACAAGUCUUUUCAAAGGAGCCCUUUGCAUUUCAGCUGUAGCCUUGGCUCUGUGCCAAAUGGAAAGGUUCAAUUUCCAGAGCAAAAAACUCUUUCCUCUAUGCUUUCUGACCGGUCACCCCAUGUCCUGAAAAUGGUUUCAAAUAAUUCUAUAAACUUUACAGCUAGUGGUUCUAUAAAUUCAGCAGGCAGUAAACUGGCUCACCCAGGGAAGAUUUCCAAUCGAGCAGCGCUUAGUUCUGAGAGGGAACAAAUUGUUUUCACGUCAAGCCUUGGAUUGUCGCCUACGGAAAUCGUGCAUUCGCCAAAUAACAACACAACCACCGCCUCAGCAUUUCAACCCAGCCAGCUUCCUAAAAACUCAGAGAAGGCAUCUGUUUGCCUGUCUGCUCCAUUGGAGCAGCAGCUGCCUCUCCAAAGACUGCCAUCGAAUCAGAAUGAGCUCACAGAAACGCUGCCCGUGGUUCUGAGUACGAAUAGUCUGGCUGCAUUAAAAGUGGGGAAGCAGCAGAUCAUCCCUAAGAGUUUAGCUUCUGAAAUAAAAGUAACUCACAAAGCCAACAGCCAAAAUGUGGAAACAAACAGGAGGGCUCUUAAGGUCCGCAGUAUGGUGGAGACCCUUGCUGUGCCUUUGGUAGCUGGUGGAGAUGAAGAAACAGAAGGUGAUGUAGAUAGCCCAGGCAUGCUGAGACGUACUUUGAGGUCCACGUCGUAUCGGCGAGCUGUCGUGAGCGGCAUUGACUUGGACAGUACUGGAAAUGUUAAGAUGAAAAACAGAAUGUCUCAGCCAGUGUUGAAGGCCGUUGUGGAAGACAAGGAGAAAUUCUCUAGCUUAGGAAGAAUAAAGAAGAAAAUGCCAAAAGGACAAGGGACCUUUGAUGGGGAAGAAAAUGCUGUGUUGUAUCAGAACUACAAAGAAAAAGCUCUGGAUAUAGAUUCUGAUGAAGAAGUAGAAUUGAAAGAACAGAAGUCAGAUGAAAAGAUAGUUAUUCAAUACAAACCUCUGAGAUCAACAUGGAGUCAGUUGUCUGCGGUGAAGAGGAACGGCUUAUCCCAGACUAUCAGCCAAGAAGAAAGAAAAAGGCAAGAGGCUAUAUUUGAAGUAAUAUCUUCAGAACAUUCAUAUUUGCUCAGCCUGGAGAUUCUGAUCCGGAUGUUUAAGAACUCUAAAGAACUAGCUUCUACAAUGACCAAGAUAGAAAGCCAUCACCUUUUUUCCAAUAUUGCUGAUGUUUGUGAAGCAAGUAAGAAGUUCUUUAAAGAGCUUGAAGCAAGGCAUCAGAAUAACAUCUUAAUAGAAGACAUCAGUGAUAUUGUAGAAAAGCAUACUACAUCAACCUUUGACCCGUAUGUGAAAUAUUGUACCAACGAAGUCUACCAGCAGCGAACACUCCAGAAACUACUAGCUACCAAUCCGACCUUCAAGGAGGUACUGUCACGGAUUGAAUCCCAAGAAGAGUGCAGAAACCUACCUAUGAUUUCUUUCCUCAUUCUCCCAAUGCAAAGGGUUACACGGCUUCCACUGCUGAUGGAUACUAUUUGCCAGAAAACGCCUAAAGAUUCACCAAAAUACGAAAUUUGCAAACGAGCUUUAAAAGAAGUAAGCAAGUUGGUUCGCCUUUGCAAUGAAGGUGCUCGGAAAAUGGAAAGGACAGAAAUGAUGUACACUAUCAACUCCCAGCUGGAAUUCAAAAUCAAGCCUUUCCCAUUGGUUUCUUCUUCUCGGUGGCUAGUGAAACGGGGUGAAUUGACAGCGUAUGUUGAAGACACAGUGCUUUUCUCUAAAAGAACCUCUAAGCAGCAAGUGUACUUCUUCCUCUUUAAUGAUGUCCUCAUUAUCACAAAAAAGAAAAGUGAAGAGAGCUACAAUGUCACAGACUAUUCCUUAAGGGAUCAGCUGUUAGUUGAACAGUGUGACAGCGAAGAGCUGAACUCCUCUCCUGUGAAAAACAGCACACCUAUGCUUUACUCUCGGCAGAGUUCUGCAAAUCACCUCUUCAGAUUAACUGUCCUAAGUAACCAUGCAGGAGAGAAGAUUGAAUUACUGCUGGGAACUGAAACUCAGAGUGAUCGUGCUCGCUGGAUUACUGCACUUGGGCAGAGCAAUGAUAGACGGACUAUGGACAGGACAGCACUGACCCAGGUAGAAGUCAUCAGAUCAUACACAGCCAAGCAGUCAGAUGAACUAUCCCUCCAAGCUGCUGAUGUAGUUCUUGUCUAUCAAAAAGUGAAUGAUGGUUGGUAUGAAGGAGAGCGAUUGCGUGAUGGAGAACGAGGCUGGUUCCCAAUGGAAUGUGCCAAGGAGAUCACAUGUCAAGCCACAAUUGAGAAGAAUAUGGAACGGAUGGGACGCUUGCUAGGCCUAGAAACAAAUGUAUAGACUCUCUGCAAUGUAUGUACUCUAGGAUUUGCACUAAGCGAUGUCUGUGGCAUCUUGGUCUCCUCCAGGUGGUCACUUUACAGCUGUAACAUGUGAAGUAAAGGUUACGGAUAUGUAUAAUCAUUAGGAAUGGAAGCAACCAUAAAGAAACUUCAGGCAAAUAUGGACUUGUCAGUACAAGUCAGUACGAGAAUCUCUCUUUUUUUAAAAAAAAAAAUCAAUAACUUUUAAUUAAAAGCCGACUUCUUUUUUGUGUGUGUUCCUCAUAGAAUCAUCACUUGGACUAUCACUGUGAGCUCACCACUCAUGAAUCCUAAUUGGGAUGCGCCUCCUUUGAGACCAGUUCUAGGGU